AUGGGAAUAAAUAAAUAUAUACAUAUAAACAUAAUUAAUUUAUUCUAUAGAGACUUUAGUUUUCUGCAGAAAACAAUAAAUCAGAAGCAUUGGAGAGAAACAACUGAACAAAAGGAAAAAGAAAAAGGUUGGAAAUGUAUAGAGCAGUUAGCUUUCCACGUCAAUAGCUGCCACGUUUUAAGGAACUCUCACUUUGUCAUCUUCAUAUUUUUUCCAUCUCUUCUUUCAUAUAGGUUUCCUCUUUUCAAUGGGGCUGAGAGAUGUCCCUUCAAUUUAAUUCUAUUCUGCAAGUUUACUUGCAUGAUUUGCAUGAUAUCA